GCCUCCUCGCUUCUCUGGCCCCCUACAGUUUUCAAGACUCCCUGUUGCAGACUAAGACUUUUGUCUAAAUCAUCUCUCAAAUCUUUGACCAUUUCAUUGAAUCCCAAAGGCUCACCAGAGACGCUCCAUUAUGGCGACGUCCAGCAGCUCCAAGGUCUCGAGGCCAGGCCACUGGAUCGUUUCUGAGUUCGGUGGCCCCUCCGUGCUCAAGUGGGAACAAUUCAGCUCUCUCCCGGUCCCUACUCCAUCGACAGCACGGGUCCGAAUAUUGAUCUGUGGCAUUUCUGGAGCCGACAACAACAUGCGCGCCGGCGGUUACACCCGCAACCCACUGGCGGCGCGCCCGGGGUUUACCCCGGGAUUCGAGAUCGUGGGAGUGAUCGAGGAAUUCGGUCGUGGCACAGAGGAUCGACAUGGCUUUGAAGUUGGCGACGUUGUUGCCUCGCUCUGCGUCGUCGGAGGAUAUGGCACGCACACGAUCGUGCCCCUGGAUGAGAUGCUCAAGUUGAGAAAGGACGACGACUUGGUCGCUGCCGCAGCCCUUCCGCUGAACUACAUGACGGCGUAUGGGAUGUUGAAGAAGAGCGCCUUUCCUGUCGACGAGAAGACGGAGUCUGUGCUGGUCGGAUCCGUGGCCGGCGGUGUUGGGACCGCCGUCGUCCAGCUUAUACGGCUCCUCUAUCCCAACGUGACGACGAUCAUUGGAACUGCCUCGCCGGGGAAAUUCGCAUUUCUGGAGUCGCUGGGGGUGCGCCCUGUUGACAGAAACAUCCCACCCGAACAACUUCCCGGCGCGGUCAAGGCGGUCAAUGGCGGCCGUGGGGUCGACAUCGCCUACGAAAUGAUUGGAUCUCCCACCAGUAUGGAUGCAUUCCUCUCCGCCACCAAGGAAGGGACCGGAAGGAUGAUCGCCAUCGGAUUUCUGGGCAACAUCAAAUCCGAUGGAACCGGCUUGGAAGCAAAGGUUUUCGACCCUCUCAAGUACUGUGCCGACCGACCCGACAGGACAAGCUUCUUCAGCGUCACAAACCACUACUGGAAAGGCCAGAGGGCAGUCUUCAAGAACGACUUUGAAAACGAGCUUCUGCGGUUGGUACGAUCCAACAGCCUGGCUCCCAUUGUCAGCAAGUUGUGGAGGCUUGAGGACGCCGUGGCGAUUAACGAGAUGCUUACCACCGGAGCGGGAAUCAUGGGAAAGCAUGAGAUGGUCGUGGACGAAGGGGUUUGGGAGCAGUAUAGUGCCACAAGGUCAGAGUGAGGAUAGUAAUGUUAG